UGCAGGAAGAGGCGCUCCGGCGUCCUCCAGUUUUUCGACGACGCCGCUGAAGACGACGGUUAUGAAGAAGAUGAGGAAAAUGAGGGUCAAGACGAUCUCGUCUACGACGACAAGGAUCUCAACCUCGAUAUCAACAAGGAAAGCAGUAAAGAUUUUAAAGGUGCUGGGAAAUCCCCUUAUCUCCCUAUAUUUGUCAAGGAAGAAGAGGUGAGUGGCGAUGAAUUGGAGGAGCUAAUUAAAGACCGUUAUGGAAAAGGCUCGGAGUAUGUUGUAUAUGAUGAAGAUCCUAAACAAGAUAAUGCUGCUGUAUCAGUAGAGCAUUUGGCAGGGGAUCCAAAUAUUUGGAAGGUUAAAUGCAUGGUUGGUAAAGAACAACAAAUUGUUCUAUCCUUAAUGCAUAAAUAUGCCGACUUGCAGAGGCUUGGAACAAAAAUGGACAUAAUUUCUGCAUUCACUCUUGAGCACGUAAAGGGCUAUGUAUACAUUGAAGCUGAUAAAGCAUGUGAUGUUGUUGAGGCUUGCAAAGGGUUUUUCAAUAUAUAUUCAACCAGAAUGGGGCUUGUGCCUAAUACUGAGAUUCCGCACUUGCUUUCUAUUCGGAAUAAAGCCUGUAUACUUUCCAAAGGUACAUGGGUUCGUAUGAAGAGUGGGAACUACAAAGGUGACCUUGGACAGGUCGUGGAUUAUGAUGACAUGCGGAAGAAAGCAACAAUUAAGCUGGUUCCACGAAUCGAUCUACAAGCUAUUGCCAAAAAAUUUGGUGGUGGUGUAUCUUUGAAGGAAGCUGCUGUUCCUUCUCCACGGUUGAUAAGCUCUCACGAGUUAGAGCAAUUCAGGUCUCAUAUAGAGAUCAGGCGUGACCGCCACAGUGGUGAAUGUUUUGAGAUACUUGAUGGUUUAAUGCUGAAGGACGGCUACUUGUACAAGAAGGUAUCCAUUGCAUCUAUUGUCUACUGGGGGGUAGAACCUUCAAAGGAUGAACUUUUGAAGUUCACGGAGAUGAGCAAGCCUGAGGAGGAAGAUGUAAGCUGGCUUUCUAGCGUUUAUAAUGUGCGUAAAAAGAUAAAACCAUCCAAGGAUUCGGACCUAAAAGGAUCUUCUGAGAAAGGGAACAGUUUUAAUCUCCAUGACCUGGUGUUAUUUGGACGUAAAGCAUUUGGUGUCAUAAUAGACAUGGGGAAAGAUGGCACGAUGAAGGUAUUGAGGGGUGACAAAGAAGGACAAGAAGUCAUCACAGUUAAGGCCGAGGCCAUAAAAAGUCAAUGUGUUGAUAAGAUGUUCACAGCUUCUGAUCGCCACAGAAAGACCAUUUGCAUAAAUGACAUUAUUAAGGUGUUGGAGGGCCCAUUGGAGGGUAGACAAGGAACUGCUUGUCAUAUGUACAAAGGAACUCUUUUUAUCUAUGAUGAGAGCCAAGAGGGAAAUAGUGGAAUAUUUUGUACUAAGUCAGACUUAUGCGAGAAGAUUACACCAGCAAAGGAUUCAUUUGGGAAGGGAAAUAAGGCAAGCUCUUCAUUCAGCCAAGAUCCAGUAAUAUCCUCUGAGCAAGAAGAUAGUUCAUGUACUUUUAGCAGGAAUCGCCGUAGGGAGUCAAACCAGAUAUUCUCCGUCGGGCAGACCUUGAGAAUUCGAAAAGGACCUUUGAAGGGUUAUCUUUGUCGUGUUGUCCGAAUUUACCGUUCAGAUGUUACAGUCAAGUUGGAUUCUCUGGUGAAGGUCAUUACAGUUGACGAGCAGUUGCUUUCUGAUCCUAACUUAAAGAGGGACACUGCAGGAGGUGGAUUAUCUGGAAAUGGAGAACAGACUCUGGGUGCAAGUUCAUGGGAUGGUGGCAGUAGCUCUUGGCAAGAUUUGUCAACUUCCGCGUUUUCUUUUUCUGCUAAUAAUGACCAAAAAUCAGGGCAAGAACAAGGAGCUGAUCCAUGGGCUGGCAGGGUGUCACAUGUGGCUGGAGACCAAGAACAAAGUGAUCCUUGGGUUAGUAAAGCAUCAAUCACAGCUGGAGCAGAUGGGGGAAGUGCUGAUCCUUGGGGUAGUAAAGCAUCACUCGCAGCCAGAGAUGAUGGGGGAAGUGCUGAUCCUUGGGGCAGUAAAGCAUCACUUCCAGCCGGAGAUGGGGGAAGUGCUGAUCCUUGGGGUAGUAAAACAUCACUUGCAGCCGGAGCAGAAGGGAGCAGUGCUGAUCCUUGGGGUAGUAAAGCAUCACUAGCAGCCAGAGAGGGGGGAAGUGCUGAUCCUUCGGGUAAUAAAGCAUCACUCGCAGCCGGAGAUGGGGGAAGUGCUGAUCCAUGGGGUAGCAAGCAGACACCAGGCACUCGAGAUGGGGGGAGUGCUGAUCCAUGGGGUACCAAGCUGACACCAGGAGCUAGAGAACAAGAACAAGGUGUUGAUCCAUGGGGUAGCAGCAUUGCGGGAACAACAACAGCUGAUAAUAAUAAGCCAAGAGCUGACCCAUGGGGAGGGAAAACCACACACGGAGGUUCUAGCCAUUCUGAUAAAACCUUUGAUAGCUGGGCAAAAGCUUCCACUGCAAGUGGAGAGGAGAAUUCUGUAUGGAAUAAGACAGAAGGUGUAGGUUGUGAAAAAGAUGGAGAUGGUUGGAAUAAACCUUCAGCAAGCAGCUCAUUUUCGGGCAGAGAAAGAGGUGCUGAUCAAUGGGAGAGCAAGGUUCCAGCUGCAGCAAAAGAUCAUGCGCGAGGAGUUGAUGCUUGGGGCAGCAAAGCCUCAGUUGCAAAUAAAGAUCAAGGAGGUGAGGAUCCAUGGGCUAGCAAGGUAACAGCUGGGGUUAGAGCUGAACAAGGACAAGGCACUGAUCCAUGGGUUAGCAAUGUGGCUGUGGCAACUAGAGAUAAAGAGCAAAAGUUUGAUACUUGGAGCAGCAAGGCGGCACUGGCUCCAAAUUCGGUUGGAGAUCAGAAUUCUUCAUGGGAUAAGGCAGCAGGUGGAGGUUCAGGAGAAGAUGGAGAUAGUUGGAGCAAACCUUCUUGUAAAGGCACCACUGUAGCUGUAAAUAACAGUUCAUCUUCAAGCUGGGAAACUGCUGCUAUUGGUACCAAGUCAGCUGAGAAACAAGAAGGUGAACCAAGCAGCUGGGAUAAAGCGAAAGUUUCAAGUGAUGGUCAGUCUGGAUGGGAUAUGGCAGCAGGUUCCUCUAUCAAAAAUAAUACAGAUGGAUGGAACAAUCCAAAAUCUUCUGGUGGCGAUCAGGUGUCAAACUGGAAGAUGGGAGGCAAUGAAGAUGCUUGGAAAUCUAGUAAGAGGGAUACUUGGGAAAAAUCAAGUGAAUUUGAAGGUGGCCGUGGAUUUGGAAGUGGUGGAAAUUCAUGGAACAAACCAGUUGAUAGUGACGGAGGUCAAGGAUCUGGCUGGGGAAAAGGAUCUGGAUGGGACGAUGGAGCUGGUAGCGGUCAAGGUGGAGACAAUGGUUGGAACAGGCAAAGAGAUUCUGAUGGGGGUUGGGGAUCUGGUAGGGGAAGGGGAAGAGGUCGAUAUGGGGGAAGAGGAAACAGAGACGAAGAAAAUCAGGAUGGUUCAAGUGAGUUUGGUGGAGGUAGGGGAUCUGGGAGAGGAAGAGGUAGGGGUCGAUAUGGGGGAAGAGGAAGCAGAGACGAAGAUAAUAAGGAGGGUUCAGGUGAUUUUGGUGGGGGUUGGGGGUCUGGGAGGGGAAGAGGAAGGGGUUGGUAUGGAGGGAGAAGUGCUGGAGAUGGAGAAAAUCAGGAUGGAUCAGGUGACUUGGGUUGGGGAUCUGGGAGGGGAAGAGGAUGGGGUCGAUAUGGAGGGAGAGGUGCUGGAGAUGGAGAUAAUCAGGACAGGCAAGGCGACUAUGGUGGGGGCUGGGAGUCUGGAAGGGGAGGAGGAAGGGGUCGAUAUGGGGAAAGAGGAGGAACUGGCAAUGAAGAUAAUCAGGACAGGACAGGUGGUUCUUGGGGAAGUGGAAGAGGAAGGGGUCAAUGGGGAGGAAGUGGGACUGCAACUGAAGAAAAUCAGGACAAGUCAGGUGAGUUUGGGGGCUGGGGAUCUGGAAAGAGUUGGAAUCAGAAAGAACAAGAAAGAGGUGCUGGUCCAUGGGGUUCUAGCGUGGCAGGAGCAUCUACAGAUAAAGAGCAGAAUGCUGAUCCAUGGGGUAGUAAGGCGACACCAAGUGAAUCUAACCAUUCUGAUAAAGCCUUUGACAGCUGGGUGAAGGCUUCUAGCACAAGUGGAGAGAGGAAUUCUUUAUGGGCUAAAACAACAGGUGGAGGAGGUUCCGGAAAAGAUGGAGAUGGUUGGAAUAAAUCUUCCACUAAAACCAUUUCAUCGACAUUGGGUAUGAUAUCACCAGAUCAAGGAGAAGGAGCUGCUACUUGGGCUUCAGGUUCUUCUAGAGAUAAAACACAAGGAGCUGAUCCAUGGGGUAGCAAGGCAUCACCUGCAGCUAAAGAUAAAGGAGAAGCUGAUCCAUGGGGUGGAAAAUUAGCUGCUUCGGCUAGAGCAGAUCCAGGACAAGGUGCUGAUGCAUGGGGAAGCAAGGCCGCAGCACCAUCUAGAGCUGAUAAAGAGCAAAAAGCCGAUGCAUGGGGUAGCAAGGCUGCACCUGGUGAUUCAAGUAACAAUCAGAAUUCUCCGUGGAAUAAGGUAGCAGGUGAAGGUUCUGGAAAAGAUGGAGAUGGUUGGAGUAAAGCAGCUACUUACUCUACCAAGAAUGGGGCAGAUGGGUGGGAUAAACCAAAGUCGUUCGGUAGCAAUCAGGCAUCAAAUUGGAAAAAAGAAGGCAAUGAGGAUGCUUGGAACUCAUCGAACAAACCUAAGGUUGAGGGCCAGGGAAGUGAACCAAGUAGUAGCUGGGAGAAACCGAAAGUUUCAACUGGGGCCACUUGGGGUUCCUCUAGCAAAAAUGGAACAAAUGAAUGGAAUAAUGGUGGCAAUGAGGAUGCUUGGAAAAAACCUAGAGGAUCUGAUUGGGGCGGUGGAGAUAGUAGUCGUGAAGGCCAAGGUAAUUAUUGGAAGAGGGAAGUAGCUUUUGAUGGGGGCAGGGGGUUUAACAGGGGAAGAGGAAUUCUGGGUAGAUAUGGAGGAAGAGGAAAUGGAGAUUAUGAUGAUAACAAUAAUCAUCAGGAUAGAUCAGGUAGUGACUUUGGUGGAAGAGGAAGGGGUUGGAAUGGAGAUAGAGGUGGUCGUGGUGGUGGCCGAGGCCGUGGGAGGUUUCAGUCUUCUGAUUGGAGCUAGAGAGUACUUGCUGCACACUAGCAGGGCACAGAGUGAUGUUGGAAGUUGGGUUCUCCUUAGUAAAAUGGACAUUUGGAGAUGUAAAUACUAAGCUAACAAUGAUGUGUUCUGUGCAAUGUUGAUGUUCCUCUAAUAGUGAAUAUGAAACUUGCUUAGUGUUUUAUUCACUGAAACUGGCUUGUGUUUUA